AUGAAAAGCUAUUUCACAUUCACCACUUUCUUCUUCGCUCUUCUCCUUACCUCAUGUGUGGUAAUGAGUGCGAGGAUGCAUGAAAGCACAAAUGGUGUGUUGCAGUUGCAGCCAAUAGUAUGCAAUACCAAUGAAGACUGUGCUAAGUUUUGCAAAGGUCCCAUUCACAACUGCCAAUUUCAUACUUGUGCCUGCGUACCCGGAAAUCCUAAUUGUUGCUAG